UUUGUUUGCCCAAACAAAUGACUGCAUUGUGAGUCCUUUGUCUCCUUCAACCUCAUUUCAAUUCUCUCUCCCAUUCUUUUCUUCACCUUCUCCUCCUCCUCUUCUUCAUUUCCUUUUCUUUCUCUGCACUCCAUCUUUCUUUCCAAAACCCACCCUUUUCUAUUCCUCUUCCUCCUUUUCCCUUCUUUUUAUUUCCACACACUCACACCACUUCCCUUAAAAUAAACAUAAACAAACCAAUACUGUUCUUGACCCAAAAAAAAAAUUAUCUACUAUUUAUUAACUAUAUUUCUCCAUAUUAUAAUCAUUUGUAUUCCUUGUUUUCUAUGCUUCUCUUAUAAUAUAUAACCUUCGUUUUAUUUAUUUUUUUUGUUUUGCACCUUGUGGAUUGUGAGCUAUAUCUAUUUAUAUAUAUCAUUCUCUUUUUUUUUUUUUGGAUGUUUCUAUGGCUGGUUUGGAUUUAGGAAGCGCGUCACGCUUUGUUCAGAAUCUUCACUUACCGGACUUGCACUUGCAACAAAAUUACCAGCAACCCCGGCACAAGCGCGAUUCGGAGGAGCAAGAGACUCCUCCGAACCCGGGAACAGCGCUGGCGCCGUUCGACAACGAUGAUGACAAAAGCCAGGGCCUGGAGCUGGCUUCAGGCCCUGGGGACAUCGUUGGACGGCGCCCACGCGGCAGACCUUCCGGGUCCAAGAACAAGCCGAAGCCACCGGUGAUAAUCACCCGGGAGAGCGCCAACACGCUGAGGGCGCACAUUCUCGAGGUAGGAAGCGGCUCCGACGUCUUCGACUGUGUCACCGCUUAUGCGCGGCGGCGCCAGCGCGGGAUCUGCGUCCUCAGCGGCAGUGGUACCGUCACCAAUGUCAGUCUCCGGCAGCCUGCGGCUGCCGGAGCCGUCGUCAGGCUGCACGGAAGGUUCGAGAUUCUCUCUCUCUCCGGCUCGUUCCUCCCGCCGCCGGCUCCGCCGGGAGCCACCAGUCUCACAAUCUACCUCGCCGGCGGGCAGGGCCAGGUCGUCGGAGGAAACGUCGUGGGAGAAUUAACCGCGGCAGGGCCAGUAAUCGUCAUCGCAGCAUCGUUCACCAACGUGGCUUACGAGAGGCUCCCCUUAGAAGAAGAUGAACAACAACAACAACAGCUUCAGAUUCAGUCACCCGCAACGACGUCAUCUCAAGGAAACAACAACAAUAACCCUUUCCCUGACCCUUCUUCAGGACUUCCCUUCUUCAACUUACCACUCAAUAUGCAGAAUGUUCAGUUACCACCUUUUUGAGGGUUCAUGAAUCUGAUAAUAUGAGACUGAUGAAGAUCAUGUUGAUGGAGGAUUUAUCACCAAAGGGUUUAUAUUAUUAUAAGGUCAGCAAAUAUUCAUGGACUAGAACAUAUAUAUAAACUAUAUGUUCUUCUUCUUCUUGUUAUUUUGUUUUUUUUUUCUUCUGUUGUUAAUGGAUAUGAUAUGAUAUGACAUGAUUAUUAUUAUUAUGUAGCGAGUUUCAGUCUGACUCUCAUGUCUUUGGGAUUUUAUUUACUUAAUUUCCUUGUCCAUUAUUAGAAUA